GAGAAACCAGGAGAACAUAAUAAAAGAACCUCAAAAUUUGAUUUAAAAAAAAAAAAAAAAAGGACAAAGUGCGCAUAUCUGGCGCGCAUAUGGGACUUAUUACAACAAUAAAAGAUCCAGUUUGCUCCGCAAGGACCAACAGCCCACUUUACUGAUGAGGUUCAAGUCAGGCAUCAGAGAAGAGUGACCUGCCCUCACCAACAGUGCUCAGCACUGGCAGAGAAGCACAGGCCUACUCCCCUACCCCCGUCCCUCACAGGACUGAGUCCUGUUGCCCAGAUUUUCUGCACGAGCUUGUCCCCAGGAUCAUUUAAAACUGUUUCUCCAACGCUUCUACCAAAAACUUAGACUGUUUUCCAAAGCAGAAUCGGCCCAGCCCUCCCAAGAGGAAACUAUGGGGAGUGUGAGAGGCCAUCGUUACAGUAUUGUGUCCUCUGAAGAAGAUGGCAUGAAGCUAGCCAAUAUUGCUGUACCAAAUGGCUAUGGCAAUGGCAAUGUCAACAAGGGGCAUACAGAGCACCAACAUCAGAGCCGCUUUGUCAGGAAGGAUGGCCACUGCAAUGUGCAAUUUAUCAAUAUGAGUGAGAAAGGCCAGCGUUACCUGGCAGAUAUCUUCACCACCUGCGUGGACAUUCGCUGGCGCUGGAUGCUGGUCAUAUUCUGCCUUUCUUUUCUGUUGUCGUGGUUGUUUUUUGGCCUUGUCUUUUGGUUAGUGGCUCUCUCUUAUGGGGACUUAGAGACUGAGACUCAGAUGUGUGUUUCCAAUGUGGACAGCUUCACUGCUGCUUUUUUGUUCUCAGUGGAGACCCAAACCACAAUUGGCUAUGGUUAUCGCUACGUGACAGAGGAAUGCCCCAUUGCUGUUUUUAUGGUAGUCUUCCAAAGCAUUGUAGGCUGCAUCAUUGAUGCUUUUAUUAUCGGUGCUGUUAUGGCCAAGAUGGCAAAGCCCAAAAAGAGGAACGAGACGCUGGUCUUUAGUCACUACGCUACAGUGGCCAUGAGAGACGGCAAGCUUUGUCUGAUGUGGCGGGUGGGAAAUCUGAGGAAGAGUCAUCUGGUGGAGGCCCAUGUAAGGGCCCAGCUCCUCAAGUCCCGCACCACUGCGGAGGGAGAGUUCAUCCCUCUGGAUCAGGUAGACAUCGACGUAGGAUUUGAUAGUGGCAUUGACAGAAUCUUCCUGGUAUCUCCAAUUACCAUUGUUCACGAGAUUGAUGAGGACAGCCCAUUUUAUGAGAUGAGCAAACAGGAGUUGGGAACGUCAGAGUUUGAGAUUGUGGUGAUACUGGAGGGCAUGGUCGAGGCCACAGCCAUGACUACUCAGUGUCGGAGCUCCUAUGUCGCCAGCGAGAUCCUCUGGGGCCACCGUUUCGAGCCAGUGCUCUUUGAAGAAAAGAACUACUACAAAGUGGACUAUUCUCGCUUUGACAACACCUAUGAGGUACCCAGCACUCCCAGUUGUAGUGCCAGGGAACUGGCUGAGAAGAAGUCCUCUGCCUCUAGCUCGAGGAACUCCUUUUGUUAUGAGAACGAAGUGGCUCUUGAAAAAGUUGAACUGGAGGAUGAGUUUGAAGAGGAAGAAAAUAUGGUAAUGAAGGGUGUUGAGGUUUGUGCACUCGAGAACACGAACACAGAUGAAGUGUUAGACUCUGAAUGCAACCUGGACUCUCUGCCUUUAGAGUCGAGGCCUUUGACGGCAGAAUCAGAAAUAUGACCACAGGUUAAAUACUACCACAGGCGUAUGUGAAGUUUCCCAUGACUUUGGUCUCGAUUGCUGUGUUUAAAAAUCCUGGGCAUUGUGCAAAAUACUGCAAUUGGAUUAUAAACUUCUCUGCAUGCAGAAACUCUCACACAAGACAUCACAUAGAGACAGACAUGUUGUGCAUGGUAGCUGGUUGCAUGGCACCAGAGGGAUCAAAUGGGUUAGAUUCCUUCAUUUACACACUGUGGAGUCCAUGUCCACGCACAAUGCAGAAUAUUAUCCUCGGUAAAACGUUUUACUAGAAUAGUCAGUUCAUUUAAUGACUAAAUUUGCCUAUUAAUCAAUUGCAUAUUCCCAGUUUGCACUUUUUGCAUUCGGUUCAUCUGUGGUGUAAUACCUCUUCCUUGUGGAAUAAAUGUCACGAGGCUGUG